AUGUGGGAAAUCAACACGUUGAUUGUGGGUGUGCCACACGUGACCUAUGAUGCAAAGGAACUCGACUUAGAUCGGAACUUAAGGCUUGACCUUGUACUUGAAGCCACCUUCCUUGCGGAUACAGCUUUUCUGGGAACUGCCUCUAUCCAACUCAUCCAGGGUGCUUUAACUCUUGCGGCCAUGUCACGAUUGACUUCGGCGCAAGUCAUUAGUCUGGGCGACUAUUUGGAGCCCGACUUUGACCCAGCAUCACUCACUGUGUCACAACUUCUUGGUGUUUUGGGAUACCAUAAUAUCGCAUAUCCAACUCCUUACACCAAGCCAAAGCUUAUUCAAGUUUUCAAUAAUGAAGUCAAAACUAGGGCGAAAAAGUUCAAGAAAGAACGCAUAAAAAAGGAAAAUAGUAUUGCAAGCGAAGAAGGGAUCACGGAUGGAAUUACAGGACAACCAUUAGCUGGCAGGUCGAAACUCCCAGCACCGGUGGCUAGGCGAACGUCUCGUCGCCUUUCACAAAUACCAAAAGAUGAGGAUAGCUCACCCACAAGGCCCGAACCCCCCAAACGACGGAGAUCAUCCGCUCAACCUGUGUUAGGCGGAUCGUCAAAAAGAGUGGCACAAUCUCAGGUAACCCUGAUUGAGGAGAGUGAACCAGAAGAAGAGCAACCCGUAAGGAAAGUAGGCAGAACCAAGAAAUUGUCUGGGGGGGAAGAUAGCGGAUGGGAGGAUAACAACAUCUUUCAAUCUGGUGCUGAAGAUUCCUCACCAGCUCGGCCAUCUCCAAUUCGUCCCAGAGCGUCUAGGGCUAGUGGAAUACCUCGCAAAACACGUAAAUCGACAUCUGCACCUCCGCAACCGUUGGACUCUCCUCUUCGCCCAACUAAUCUCCCCGAUCAUAUUCCACGCUCCCCACCGCAAUCUCCCUUCCGUCCCUCACUUCCGCCUAUUCCAACCUUUGGACGAACACAACCGGAAAAAGUCCGUUUUACGCCCGUCCGCGAAUUCUCUCCAGCCGAACACACCAAGCCUGAGCACCCCCAAGCUCUCCAACGAGCACCCGAAGUGGAACAGCAUGACAACGUUGACGAAUCUCCGAAAGAUAGUGACAGUCAAAUCGACGAAGCUAUUUCUCGGAUUAUGUCCGAAGAAAUGCAUGAUGUGGAUGUAUACCCGAGUGCAGAACCAUCGGCUCCCGUAAAUCGAUUGGCCAGGGGUGUUGUAUGGGCACUUAUUUUUGCAUCACUUUUUGGAAUCUACAGUUACAAGUCAGAAUCCGCGUCAAUAGGCUUCUGUGAAAGAGGAAGUAACACUAGCCAAGCGCUCGACAAUAUCUUGUUUGAUCGAGCGGCCAAGGAAGCUUGUCAAAGACGGAACUCUCUGCUUCAAAACUCAUCUCAGCCACACGAAGAGCUCGCGAAAGGGUAUGAAGAUUGCGGACUACCUCCUUUGGUCCCCAUUCCUCACCCUAGUUCGUGUACCUCAUGUCCAGACCAUGCUUCUUGCAGUCAAUUUGAGGUGACUUGCGAUUCAGGGUAUCUGCUGAAACCGCACAUCUUGCUGUCGUUUAUACCAGUGUCUCCGUCUAGAUCUUCUCUUACGACUUCAUAUGUGCCACAGCUUAGCGAAGGGUUCUUCAAAGCUGUAUCCAUUGCUACAGAUGGUUUCCCUGGCUUUGGAAGUGUUGGCUUACCACCUCGUUGCGUAGAAGAUCCCCAAAGAAGGCGACACAUUGGAGCAAUGGGAAAGUCCAUAGAAUCACGGUUAGCAAAGGAAAGAGGAAAGCGCGUUUGUCGCGGAGAUCAUACCACACCUGUAUCGGACUCUCAGGCCCAAUUGGACGAAGCUGUUAAAUGGGGUGUAGAGGAAAAUCAAUUAAGAGAAUUUUACCGGAAAACCGCAUCCCCCAAAGUAUUACCUCAAUUCGAUGAAAUGUUUGACAAGGCUAUUCAGCAAUUGACUGAAUGGGGAGGUGUAUUCAUUGGCCAAGAUGCAGACGGGAAACGUUACAUUGCCAAUAAGACUCCCGAGAUGAGCUGGCAGUGCAUAGUUGCCGUUAAGUCUCGAGAGACAUGGGCCGUAUGGCGGACGACAGUCAUCGCCUCCGUUGUCUCCAUUUUGGCUAUUUUAGGUGGACGACUUCGGUUGACGCAGAAACAAAAGGAAAAUAGGCGCAUUGCUGGUUUGGUGCAGGUGGCCUUGGACACUUUACGUAACCAGGAAAUGGCACACUAUACCGACCCUAUUUCUGCGCCUCAGCCAUAUCUGUCCUCAAUUCAGCUCCGAGACCUGGUGCUGCAAGAAGAGCACUCGGUUCCGACGAGAAGACGGCUAUGGGAGCGCGUGGAGCGCGUGGUGGAAAGCAAUGCGAAUGUGAGAGCUAAUCUAGAGGAGAUCGAGGGUGGAGAUGAAACUAGGGUUUGGAGAUGGGUGGGAAGCACUGGCAGAACUCCGGGAAGACGAGGGGUGCACGAAGUGGAAGCUGGUGGUUAA